ACUAUCAUUAAGAGACGGAGUGAUUAUAUAAGUGAUAAUCCUUGUCAUUAAUUAAUAAUUUUGUAAACCAUGUUCCAGCAACUCCUUUCCCCAUGUAUGUCUCGUGAAUUCGUGAUCCUUAAGUAGUAAACAAAAACAAACGUCUCUCUUUCACAUUCCUAUGCACCCAUCUUACUAAACUCUCCAUCCCAACCCCUCUCUCCUCACUCAACAACAACUAUAUAGGCCGACAAUUCAAAAAUAACAAAACCAUAAGUCAAUCAGUGUUAUCAAUCCUUACACAAUCCAUUUAAUUCCGCAUUUUUUUAACCUCUAAUUCCUUCUCCUCGAUUUUUCCAAACCUUAAAAAAAAAACUCCCCAAAGUGACCUCAAAACAAAGAGGCAGAAAUGUACAAAAACACACUGCCCAUCAUAAUUCUAUUCUUAACGGCGAUCUCCGCCGGCGCCGACGAUUUAGUAACAUGUUCAGAAAUCGUGCCGAUGCGAAACCGCUACGAUAAGAUAUCCAUAACGGAUUUCGGCGGUGUCGGUGACGGUAAAACGGUGAAUACCAAGGCGUUUAGGGAGGCAAUAUAUAGGAUAGAGCAUUUGGGAAGAAUUGGGGGUGCGUUAUUGUAUAUACCGCCGGGUGUGUACUUAACUGACAGAUUUAACUUGACUAGCCAUAUGACUCUUUACUUGGCUAGUGGUGCUGUCAUCAAAGCUACCCAGGAUACUUCAACUUGGCCACUAGCUGAUCCAUUGCCUUCUUAUGGAAGAGGGAGGGAGCGGGAGGGAGGGAGGUACAUGAGCUUCAUCCUAGGGGAUGGGGUCCAAGAUGUCAUAAUUACUGGUGAGAAUGGAACAGUUGAUGGUCAAGGAGACAUUUGGUGGAACUUGUGGAGAAAAAGGACUCUUCAAUAUACCAGACCACAUCUUAUAGAAUUCAUGAAUUCCAAAGACAUCAUUAUUUCUAAUGUGAUAUUAAAAAAUUCUCCAUUUUGGAAUGUUCACCCUGUCUACUGCAGCAAUGUUGUUGUUCGAUAUGUGACUAUUUUGGCUCCAGCUGACUCUCCCAAUACUGAUGGUGUUGAUCCAGAUUCAAGCUCCAAUGUCUGCAUUGAAGACAUGUACAUUUCAAAUGGUGAUGAUAUGAUAGCCAUAAAGAGUGGGUGGGAUGAGUAUGGACUUGCCUUUGGUCGCCGUAGCUCGGACAUCACCAUUCGAAGGAUAACCGGAUCAUCGCCAUUUGCUGGCAUUGCUAUUGGUAGCGAGAUGUCUGGUGGUGUGGAGAAUGUGUUGGCUGAACAUAUAAACCUCUUCAAUAUGGGAGUUGGCAUACAUUUAAAGACCAAUGUUGGAAGAGGAGGGUACAUAAGAAACAUAACUCUCUCUAAUGUAUACAUUGAAAAUGCCCGAAAAGGCAUAAAGAUUGCUGGUGAUGUUGGUGACCAUCCAGAUGACAAGUUUGAUCCAAAAGCUCUCCCUGUUAUUCGGGAUAUCAAAAUGAAGAACAUAUGGGGCGAGAAGAUUUUACAGCCCGGACUGGUGAAAGGAAUAAAAAAUGCCCCGUUUAUUAACAUCUGUCUUUCUGAUAUCAACCUUUAUGGCCCUUUUAAAGCGAGAACGAGACCAUGGGAGUGUUCUGAUGUCAAGGGAUCUUCUCUAAAGGUUAGCCCAUGGCCUUGCUCUGAACUAAUUGGCUCUCUUGAUGGCACCUGUUUCACUCACACUUAAGUUCAGCUGCAUGUUUUUGUUGUAUUUUAAGGGAGACUUCGAGUCUCUAAAUAUAUAAAUGAACACUACUACUUUUUUGGAACACAAAUGAACACUACUACUUUAUUACUCAUUAGUCUUGCAAUAUCUAUCUAUUAACCUAUACUAUAAGCAAAUCCUUUCAUGACACUUGUCAUUAUCUUGUUAAAAAUUUUUCCCCCUUUUCCGGGUUUUUUUUUUUUUUUUUUGCAAAAUCUUUUAGUACUUUCAUGUGCUUCCAUUUUAUAUUCUUUGAUCCUGCUACAACUAGGAAGCAUAUGUUUUAUUCCUAUCAUUUAUAUAUGCUCCAAAUCUAGAGAGUCAUACAACCACCGUCGUUAUAAUCUUUACAACACCCAUCGAGAGUAGUAUAACACCUCCAUUCAAAACAACAAUAUACUGUUCGUCCAUCCUGAGUUGAUGGCGUGCAUACAUCGAUAGUUAUAUCUAUAGAUCCAAAUUCAUGUUUGUGUUGCUCCGCUAUCUUCGAACUUCCAUGGUUUGGAGGAGGACCUACACAUAUUAGUGGAUAAAUUCCUUAAACACUAAAACAAAUUGAAUUACAAUAUAAAUUUAAAGGAUUUUUUUGAAAAAAUAACACCAUAAAAUGCAUUAUAACACCAAACCACGAAUUUUUGGGAUGAGAGAGAGGGUGAACGUGUCGGUGUUGGAAUUAAGAGGAAGGAUAAGUAUUUUUGGGAUUUGUUAUUUUAAUGGAUUUUGUUAUUUAGUCUUUCAGUCGGUGUUGGUCUCAACAACUUUACUUUUGAUUUUGUUCUUGGUUUUUUGCAAGCUUGAGUUCUCAAUCUCUCGGUCUAUCUCGAGUUUUUUGGUUAAGUUGGCAAUUCCUGAUCCACAAUGAAGCUUUGGUAGGUUUCUCAUGGUUUUCCCGACUCCGAAGUCAAUGGUGUUAUGCAAUUGGUGGUCUUCUUCAUGACUCCAUAUCUUGGUCCUCAACAAAGUUAUUCAGGGUUGCUAGUUUGCUGUUAGUGUGUUUGCUUGUUUUUAGGUAUUUUUAGCUCUUAGGUUGUAAUUUGCUCUUUAUUUAUGAAGUUCUAAAAAAAAAAAAAAAAAAAAA